AUGUCUUCGGACAAGGAAGCGAAAGUCGACCUUGGGUCCUUGACUCAAAGCAUUGUCAACGACUGCCUCUACACUGUCAUCCAUGACCUGGUACUGCAGACGCACCGCCACGAGAAGCUACUCGCACGCACCGUGGACCCUGCGACUGGCUUGCCCAUCUGCCCAUCAUGUAAUCUGCCUCGACUGCUGGAUCCUCCUCUAGCCAACGCGAACCCUCCCAAGAAGAUACAGUACUGCACACAUAUUCCCUGGUCAACGCGGCCGGGCCACGACAUCUAUGGCAACCCUUUCCCUGUCGCUGGUAGUGAUAAGCCACCAACCAAAAAGGAGCGCGAAAGGAUGAAGGCCGAGUCAAAUGCUUCCAAGGAACACGGUACUGCUCCUCCCUCGCCUUCGGCAACAGAACAACCCAACACGGGUGGCCCAGUGGACAAGAAGGCGGCAAAGGUCGGAGAGAGGCUCAAGGGGGGCACAUAUAUUCCGUGGCACACAUGUCCGUCGUGCAAGCGCAGUCUGCUCAUCACACGCUUCGCACAGCACUUGGAAAAAUGUCUCGGAAUUGGAGGCCGGGGUGCUAGGGCCGCUCGCCUUAAUGGCGCCAAUGGAGCUUCGCCCCUCGGGAGCAGAGGUGGCACGCCAACACCCAACUCACGUGGCUCCAAGAACGGAGACGAUGACGACGAGGAUGAUGACGACAAGGCAGGGGGAGUGCGUAAGAAGGUCCUUAAGCGGGGGCUCAAGGAAAGCAUGAAGAAAGAAGUCAAGAGCUCCAAGGUUGGAAAGAGGCCUGGCAAGUCGGAUUCAAAGAGCGACAAACGAGAAAGAGACGAGCUCGGCGACGAUGAAGACAACACACCUCUGCGCAAACGAAUGAAGUUGCAGAGGGUCGGCAGCACGGCGAGUUUACAGACCAGUAUCGCGGGCGAAGAAAGCGUCGACGGCAGCUUCGUCGACGAUAACGACAGCGCAGCUGACGAUUGA